CCCACGAAUAUGGCCCCCGUGUCCUGCUCAGCCAAACAAAUCGCUCCUUAGCCUUGACUCAUUAAUGAUUGAAUCAUAUGCAAACGAAGUUAAAGGGUAAUGUUGUGCUGCGCUCCAGGGAUCCCAAAGUUCUCACCAGGGCAUGGUCCAGGAGUGCUGGUGGAGAGGCAGCGGCAGCCCUGGGAUGGCUGUGAACGAGACAAGUAUCUGUUUGCUGAUGAAUAGAGGCCUAGAAAAGUAUUAUCUUUCCACGAUGUACAGCCUUGAGUUCAUUUUAGGCUUCAUUGGAAACACCAUUGCUGUGUUCGGCUAUAUUUUCUGCCUGAAAAACUGGAAAAGUGGCAACAUCUACCUGUUCAAUUUAUCAUUAUCAGAUUUAUUAUUUCUGUGUACUCUUCCAGUACUCGUGAACGGCUACUCCAGAGAUCAGUGGGCAAAGAAUAGCAUCUUGUGCCACAGCAACAGAUUCCUGUUGCACGCAAACCUUUAUAGCAGCAUCCUUUUCCUCACCAUUAUCAGUAUUGACCGAUACAUGCUCAUAAAACAUCCUUUCAGAGAACAUUUUCUACAGAAGAGGAAAACGGCCCUUAUCGUGUCUGCUGCCGUAUGGGUCGGGGUGAUACUGGAACUGCUGCCGCUGAUGUAUUUCCUGGGCCAUGUAACGUCUGCCAAUAAUUACAACUCUCUUGAUUACGCGAGCUCUGGAGACCCCAUGAAAAACCUCAUCUAUAGCAUGUUCCUGACUGUCUUUGGGUUCCUUAUCCCUCUUGUGAUCAUGUGCUGCUUCUAUGUGAAGAUGGUUCUUUUUCUUAAAAACAGGAGUGAGCAACUUAGUUCUCCCCUGAUGCUUGAAAAACCUUUUACUUUAGUCAUCCUGGCAGUGGUUAUCUUCUCGCUGCUCUUCACUCCCUAUCACAUAAUGCGCAAUGUCCGACUUGCUUCCCGAAUACCAGCCUUGAACAUAUCUGUGUGCACGCAGAGCAUCAUCAACUCCAUUUACAUCAUCACAAGACCCAUUGCAUUUUUAAAUAGUGCCAUUAAUCCUGUUUUUUAUUUCUUAAUGGGUGACCACUUCAGAGAGAUGCUGAUGGCAAAAAUAAGGCAGCUCUUGAGCAGGUUGACAACCACCAGCAAAUGAAUGAAAAAGGAGACCCCCUUAUAGUGGAAGAUGAGGGGAGGAAAAUCCCUUUGUGAGAGCAUUCACCAAUGCACAGUGCCAUUUUUUUAGAUAACUUUAUUUGUGCUAUAGAACAUGUGAGAGCUGAUCGUGUUGGUCUAAAUGCCCUUGUUACCUUACUGUAUGGGAGAUGACCUUCUGCUAAUCUGACUCCAGCAAACCAGAAGCGAUGCUCGCUCACAGGAAAUGCAGCAGGAAACCGUGCUCUCGGAGCAGGAUACACUAUGGCCUAUUAAUAUUGUAAAUAAAAGAUCAUUAUGAUAGUUCUUAGAGGUAAAAUAGGCUACUCUCAGAUGGCUGCUUUGUGAGCCAUAACUUGAUGCUGGACUGGACUUAGGCUUGGAUAAAAUGUGCCAGGGGCACUAAUUCAUGUGGUCAACACAAUCCGGGGAUUGAGAUUGAGUCGUCUUUGUAGAGGUGUUUGCAACUCUGCAUCUCAUGGGAGGUUUGCCUUUCAGAAUAAAUAACUGGAAUGAUUUACAUUUCCAGCUGAUUUGGCCAGGGUUGGCAUCUCGGCUGUGGCAAAACAGGAGGGUAUGCAAAGGCCUGGGUGGAACGGUUUGUUGGCAUUGCCAGAAGGGAGGCAGUGGCUUAGUUGCUAUUUUUGGUUGUGAUGAAUGCAAGGAGUGCAGAGAGCUGUAACAUUUGGCUUCUGGUCUUACAAGCAUUCUGUGGAAGCCCAUGAGACAGCAAAGAUGUGUGUGUGUGUGUGUGCAGACGGGUUCUUUCACACUUUGAUAUUAAAGCUGGAUUCAGCUUGCAGAAGUAAAAAUAAGAAAAAUAUUUCGGUUUAGUUCUUAACUGAGAUUUGCCUUUGUACAUCACUGGGACAGCUAUGCAGGCUCAUACUGGCAUUUUCGCGGUCACUUUCCAAAGUAUAGAUGUACUUAACUUUAAUGCAAUUAGCUGUAAGUGUGAGCAGAAUGUACAGCUUGAAGCAGAAUUUGGACCUCAUGGUUAGAACUUCAUUAACAGUUCCGAUAACAAAACAGGAGCUAACGAGGAGCCAGUUCUCUGCCGAACAUCCCUGCAGAAUUGUUGCAGCAGCAGAACUUACUCUCCAAUUGACUGACCUGACUUCAAACGUAAAGGCUGAAAAGAUCAAUGAAGUGAUAUGCUUGCAUGAGCUUGGGCUUGGGAAGGACCUGCCGAGAGCGCCGGGGCAUGCCGGAGGAGCGUGGGCAGGGUGCGGGCAGCCCCCUCCCUGCCUGAGUUCCAGCGAGAGAUGGAGGAGCCCGCAGGGAAGCACGAGUUGAGCGAUGCCCAGGGCUCAGUGCUC